AUGAAGACUCCUACUGUUUUGACGUUAAUGACUGCUACAGCGGUUCUACCUAGUGUUGACAACUCGUCCGACUCGAAAGAGAAAACGAGCAGCCUGUCACCAGAAGUUGGUCAGGUCAUCGAGGACGAGGGAAGCGGUCUCGCUGCUAGACGUUCGAGAGUCGAUGAAGCCGCGGAUGGCAACAUUGAGAGGACGAUAAGCUAG